AUGUAAAACGCAAUUCCCACGUUUUCAAGGAUAUGGCUGCAUAUGAAAUUCGUGUGAAAAUACACAACUUGACAAAUAAAUACAUAGAUGAGAGGAUAUCUAUUGGUCCCUCUGGCGGCASCUCUUCGGCAUGGGAAUUCUACCCUAAAAUAAAUAGUAUUAUCGGGAGCUAUAAAAGCGUCAAUUUGGAAACAUUGGUGGAGGAGAGCACAGUUCACGAAGUUGUAGACUGUGCAUCAGCCCUUAACAGCUCUUCCAUUACGCUGUAUUCCCAGGAAGAAUUGCCGUUUGUUGACGAGGAACCUUUACUCUACGAUGCAGCAAAUAUUUAA